GAACGCAAAAUGGGUGAUAACGACCGCAUUAAUAUUGAUCUUAACUGUUACUUUUCGAUUAGUGGUUAUCAACAUUAUACUCGUACAUUUAAUGUUUUUAAUGGAGAUAAAGUUAAAAAAAGUUUAAUACCUCAAGUUCGGGCUGGCCUACCAGAUGGAUUAACUAAUGCUAAUUUUCGGCUUCGUAGAUAUUUUCCUACUGUUGGGGACUACUUCGCAAUUAUGAAUCCGGAUAGUAAUAUCUAUGACCAUUUCUCUACAAAUCCUAAUCAAGAUGUUGUUCAUAUCAUCGUAGAAUUGUUACCCUCCCGUUAG